AUGAGUUUAUAUUGCAACUAUGAUUCCAAUCCUAAUUUUGAUGGGCAGCUAAUAAAAGAAAACUCUGAUUGCUAUGAAAAUUGUAUAAAUCUUGACGGCUGCGAUUCUAAUAACCUCGGAAAUGGUAUCUGUGAGAGCUCUUGCAAUACUGAAAACUGUGGGCUUGAUUGGGGAGACUGUACUUGCUCUCCAGGAUGUUUGGACUCUAUGCUUGGAGAUGGAAAUUGUGAUGAAGUUUGCGAUAACUGAGAUUGCGAUCUAGACAAUCACGAUUGUGGGCAAUGUGCAAGUGGAUGCUUUACUACUAUGCUAGGGAAUGGAAUUUGCGAUUAUGAAUGUAAUAAUGAAGAUUGCCUAUAUGAUUACAAAGACUGCCAAUGCUCAGAAAAUUGUUUAUGGACUGAUUAUGGAACCUGCAAGCCAGAAUGCAUGGUAUUAGAAUGUAACUAUGAUAAAUUAACCCAAUAUGCAAAUAAUUGAUGCCAAAAUAUCUCCUUGCUCCCCCCUCCAUGAGUGAACAAAAAAAUUUAUAUAUAUAAUAUAGAAAAAAAUUUUUUCCGAAAAUUUAAAAAAAUCCUAAUUUGCAAAAAUUGGGAAGCAAAUGUUAAUUUAAUUUAUAAAAUUUAUGUUUUUAAAAACGCAAUUUGUUUAAAUUAAACAGAAUUCGCGAGAGCUUUCAUUAUAAUAAUUAUCACUUAUAUAUCAAGUUUUUUUUUCAUAAAAAAUAUUUUCUAUUAAAAAAAUUUUUGUUCACUCAUAAAAUAGGGAUUUUCCAAUGGUUUUGUUCACUCACGGAAAAGGAGGGAGCUAGCUAUUUUUUCUUCUUACCAGCAGAUUAUUCGUAAAAAUUUUUCAUACAUUGUACAUCUUGAAGACUGUUAUGAAGCCUCAAAUCAUGAAUGCACACUAGAAAAGGCAUUAAAUUUUUCAAUUUGCUAUCAAGAAUGCAAUAUCACCGAAUGCAACUUUGCCAAUGGAAAUUGUUUUUAUAAUCCUACUCCCUUAUUAUGCGGUCGCUAUUACGAUUUUUCAUAUAAUUUUUGUUUAUCCUGCUUAAAUUAUACAUUUAAUGUUUGAUCUGAUGGGGAUUGUAUUCAGAGUACUGACAGUUCCUUAACUCUUCCAGAUGGCUCAAGUGCAAUAAUUCCAAUAAAAGACAGUUCAUCUCCAAGCAACCCCCACAUUUACUUCGUCCGAUCAGACAUAAAUUCUAACAUUACUGCUGGUGAUGGGACUUAUUUUUCUCCUUAUACCAAUUUUAUUAAUGCGCUUUACCAUAUUCAGCAUCGCUACUCAACAGUUAUUUUAUUAGAAGGAGAUAAUUAUUACCUUACUGUCUAUAAUACUCCUACCGUUUUUUUAUCCCCAAUCGUAUUUCUGAGAGGCUUGGCUGACAAAUAUAUAAAAGUGACAACAUUGAACCAUUCAAUAGCCAAUUUUAGGAGGGUUAAAGAUGAUGACAGUAAUGGUUCUCAUGAUACAUUUAAUUUUGAUUUGCAGAAUAUUCCAAGUUUUGAGAUAAAUAAUGUGGUUUUUAACUGGGAAGACACGAUAUCUGAUUGUAGUAAUAGCAGCUAUUGUGAUUAUUGCCCUUAUGUUGUGUAUGAUUCUAAUUCAAGCUCGUAUUAUAAUGACAGAGGAGAACCUAUAACUGAAUUUUUGCCAUAUUCAUGAUGCAAACAAGACCGAAGAACAAAUUUUUUUUCCCUUACAGAAACAAAUUUAAUGCUUAAAAAUGUAUUUUUUAUUAAUUUUCGAAACGGUUUUAAUUCUCUGGUAUCUAUUAAUGGUUGGAGCAAUGUGACUUUAUUUAAUGUGACAUUUGAUAAUAUCAGGAUUUAUAAUGAAGACUCUUCAUCAGGAAUUAUUUUUCGAGAUGAUAUUUUGCACAACUCAGGAAAUUUAGAGUUUACCAAUGGGGUGGUUAGCAGGGUUAAUAAUGGCUAUGAGCUGUGAGAUAUCAUCAACACAAGAGGAUUUUUAUAUGCGACAAGCAUAAAUUCAGUCGUUUUCAGGAAUGUGGAUUUUAGUAAUAAUGUGGUUUUCAAGCAAACUUUACCUGGAAUUAAUGAGGCUGCUCUGAUUACUUUGAAUAUGUUUCAAGCAUUGCGGAUAGAUAAAUGCAAUUUUACAUAUAACUAUUGCGAUUUGGGGAUAUUAAAUAUCAAAGGAGACUAUUUAAAUUUUUCAGCUGAAAUUAAUGAUAAUUCGACAGUUAUUUACUCGACAAUUAAUAAUAUUUAUAUUUCAAAUUCAAGAUUUGUGUCAAAUUAUGGAAAGCAGGGCGGAAUAUUAUAUGCACUGUAUAGCUCUGAAGUGCAAAAUUUGCUUAUUGAAAACUGCUUAUUCAGUUUGAAUGGCGUUGAAGAGCAGCCUUUAAUAUAUUUUGAAGGUCCAUCUGUAAGUGAGAAUUAUGUAAGUGACAGCGAAGUGAAUUUAGUCUUGCCCAAUGGCAGUAUAGCUAAGGGGAAAUAUUUAGCUAAAUGAUGAAAAUUAUAUAAUUCAAGCUUUAUUGAGAAUUAUUCUGGGAGUAGCGGAAUGAUUGAGAUUAAUAAUAUGGUUAAUAUCAAUUGAAAAUAUAUCAAUAUAACAAGAAAUGGUGAGAUUUCUACUGAAAUUAUGAAUAUAAAUUCUAUUUUUACAAAAUAUUAUACUGAUAAUCCAAAAGUCUAUGCAAAAUUAAACGUAUCUGAUCCUCCAGACUUGAAUUGUGAGUCACUAUCAGCAUUGUCUAAUUCCAUCAAUUUAAAUCUUGAGCAAGUAAACAUAACCAAUAAUAUCUGCAAAUUUUCAUCCCCCAACAUAAUUAUAUCAAAUACCACUAAUAUCUCCAUAAACUAUUCUCAUUUCGCAAAUAAUUAUGGCACUGGAGCUGAUGGGGUUUGCUUAUCUCUUGACGAUAAAAGUGCAGCAAUUAUUGGAUAUUCUGAAUUUAUUUCAAAUAAAAAUUAUGAUUCACGUAGAUCAGGAACAAUAAGCAGCUAUUGUAAACUCUCGCUAGAAAACUGCACAUUUUAUAAUAACACAGGUGCGCUUUAUUUUGAAGGACAAAGUCUUGAAAUAAUAUCAUCUAUAUUUGACUCUAACAAUUCUACUGGGUCUCAUGGAGGCAGUAUUUAUUUUUCUAUUUCAUCAUAUGACAUUAAUUUUUCAUUACUAUCUGUCUAUAACAGUACUUUUGAAAAUAAUUUUUGUUCAGUUUAUGGAGGAGCUAUUUUUAUUGAUAAAAAAACUCCACUAAAAAAUAUUCUAACUAUGAGAAUUGAAAAUAGUUCUUUUUACAAAAACAAAGCUAUAGAUGGCUCCUGCUUUUAUAUAGACGAAAACGUAGAACUUUCUACUGAUUCAGCAGCUAUUAAUUGCAAAUUUCAUGGUAAUAACGCCAUUUCUUCAGGGGCUAUAUUACUUGCAUACACGCAUGGAGUGAUUCUAUUUGAAAAAUGCAGCUUUGUUGGGAGCAUUGGAGCUUACAGUUCAGUUUUUGAUAUCUCAAUAGGUGAAGAUGAAAAGCUGAGCCCUUCAAAAAUAAUUUUAAAUUUAUGCAUUUUUCAGUGGAAUUAUGGAGAGAAUACUAUUUCACUUGGAAAUUCAAAAAGAAAUUCGACGCUAGAAACGAAUGAUUGCAAUUUUGAAUAUAAUACUGGAUUAAUAUUUUCUUUUGAUAGUGGCUAUGCUUUUGAUAAAAAUUCAAAAAUCCGGCACAAUUAUUCAAAGUUGUCUGGAGGUUCGUUGAAUCUAAAGAACUCAGCAGUAUUUUUAUCUGUAAAUGCUACACAUUUUAACUGCACCAGCAAUCUUAAUGGCGGGGCAGUGUCAAUUAGCUUAGGAUCUCAAUAUUUUUGUUCAUUUUGCAUUUUUGAAAACAAUCAUGCAGAUUUUUCUGGAGGUGCUAUAUAUGCUGAUUCAGAUGCAAGUUUUUAUAUCGAACAAUCAGUACUUAAUGGCAAUUCAUGUAAAACUAAAGGUUCAGCAAUAUCUAUUUCAAGUUCAUCUGCAAACUCUACGAUAACUAAAUCAGAGAUUUAUGGAAAUUACGCAUACAAUGACGGAACAAUUUUUGUUUUAUCAUCGAUACUAUCAAUAUUUUCAUCAAAAAUUCAUAAUAACUCAGCAGGAGGAAUAAAUCCUGGCUUAUAUGCUGAUGAUUCUACAAUUGCAAUAAGUGAUGCAGAUUUUGCUUUCCAAAAUGGGGAUCAAGGCUGCUUUAUUUUUAUGAACGCUUGCUCUGCUAAAAUAAAUGGCACAGUAUUUUCUGGAGGAUACUCAAUUAGUUCUGGGACUGCCAUACACUCUACAUCUAGUGAAAUGGAAAUAGGUUUUUCAACUUUUUCAGGACUUUCCUCGAAUGAGACUGGAGGUGCAAUUUAUUUUUAUGAGGGCAGCUCUCUUUAUAUUAAAAAUUCAAAAUUUCUAAACCUGAAUUCUUCAAUUGAUUCAUAUUUAAGCUCGAUUUCUAUAACAGACACAGUUUUCAGUAGCAGCUCAAGCGUUGCUAUCCUAGGAAUAAAAAUCACUGAAUUACUCAUCUCAUUUUCUGAAUUUUUAAAUAAUUUAGGAAGCGAUGGGGGUGCAAUUUAUUGUUCCCAAUGCAAUAAAAUUUUAAUUGCUGAAUCUUUAUUUGAAGAUAAUUUUGCAGAAAAAGGAGGGGCAAUUUUUAUUGAAAACCAGGCAGAUAAUCCCACUAUAUGCAGCAUUAUAUUAUGCACAUUUCAGUCGAAUAAUGCUAGUAGUGGAGGUGCAAUUUUUGCAAACAAUAUAAAUUUGAAUGUGUCUUUUUCGAAUUUUAUUGAAAAUUAUGCAAAAUCCUCUCGAGCUGAGUCUUUGCUAAAUAUUGUAGAUGGUAUUGGAGGUGCAAUAAAAAUAGAUUAUGAGGAUUAUAAGGCAUCUAAUUAUUUUAAUAUUUCAGGAAAUCGCUUUAGCUAUAACAGAGCAACUUAUAGGGGAGGUGCUAUAUCCUGAGAUAAUUCAAAUUCUAUACUUGAAAAUAAUAUUUUUCACAAUAAUUCUGCAUUCUAUGGGGAUGAUUUUGCUUCCUACCCUACUAUGAUCAUUUAUUUAAAUCAGAGUAAUAGUAGAUAUUUGAAAAGUCAAGUUCUAUCAACAAAUGUAGAAAACCUAGCAUUAAGCAAUGUGGCUUCAGGUCAGAAUAAUAACCCGUCGCUGAUAUUUGCGAUAGUAGAUGAAUUUUAUCAAAUAAUUACCACUGAUAUAUAUAGCCAGGCUCAAUUGAUGGCUAGUGAUAAUGAUACUGUCAUAUCAGGAGUAUCAGUUGCUUAUGCUUUAAAUGGAAUUUAUUAUUUUGAAAAUUACGUAAUUUCAGCUAAGCCAGGCUCAUCAGUUCAAGCUUAUAUUUCUUCCUCCGCAAUAGAUACAAAAGCAGAGAAAUUAAAAAAUUCCCAAAAUUUUUAUAUAAAUGCUAGCAUGAGAUUAUGCGAAAUAGGAGAAGCUGUAGUUGGGCUUAAUUGCGAAGUUUGCCCAGAAUUUUAUUAUAAUAUCGAUAGUUCCAGCGGCAAAUGUUCUAAUUGUCCAUCCUCAGCAGUUUGUUAUGGAAAUUAUACAAUUGUGCCAAAACCAGGAUAUUGAAGAGAUAAUAAUCUCACUGAUAUUUUUUGAAAAUGCCCUUAUCCUCCUUCUUGUUUAGGCUCUCCAGAUUCUAAUAAUAUAUCUUUUGUAGGUAUUUGUGAAAAGGGAUAUGAAAGUAAUAUGUGUAAUUCAUGCCAAAAAGGAUAUGCAAGAUUAUAUAGCAAUCAAUGCCAAAAAUGUCCAGAUACUACUGGCAAUAUAUUUAGAUGACUUGGAUUUUUUUGGUUAUUUUGUUUUAUAGUAAUGAUUAUAAAUAAGGUAGGAAAAAUCUUAAUUGAGCCUUGGGUAUUUUUGCAAAUAUACAUAAAAAUCUUUUGAGAUUAUUUACAAUUUACGAUUAUCAUCGCUACUUUUAAUUUAAAUUGGCCAUAUAAAAUAACUUGAUUGUUUUAUAUAGACAACUGUGUUGAUUAUAUUAAUGCUCAGCUCUUCUCCUUCGACUGUUUUUUGCAGUCUUCAUACUCAAAAAGCGAAAUCUAUUUUUACAAAAUCCUCUUUACAAGCCUAACUCCAUUUUACAUUGCAAUUAUUUUUUUAUUUUGAUGAAUCAUAGUCUAUAAGGUUAAAAGGAAACGUUUAAAAGAUUUAAAAGAUGGCUAUAUACCAUCACUUAUAAUAAUAUAUUUUUUAAUAUACCCAAGCGUUGCAAAAUCGAUGCUUAAUACUAUGAGCUGCAAGGAAAUAAACCUUGGAGAAUUUUGGCUCAAUGAAGAUCUAGGAAUUAGAUGCUGAGAUCAACGCCAUUUUCAAUUGGCAUUCCUAUUGGCGUUGCCUGCAUUAAUUAUAUGAGUUAUUGCAGUUCCUGGCUUUUGCCUUUGUUUUUUUAAAAAAAAUAAGAAGAAGUUAACAGAAACUUGAAUGAAGCUACGAUUUGGAUUUUUAUGUAAUGGAUAUAAAUCAAAGUUUUACUAUUGGGAGUUUUUGAUGCUUUAUUGCAAGACAAUCUUAAUUUUAUGCUCAGUAUUUUUACCAUAUAUUUCGCAAAAUAUUCAAGUCCUUAUAACCUUUCUCUUACUUGCCUUGCUUUUCCACAUCCACAACAAAAAUAAGCCAUUUAUAUUGCAAAAUCUGAACCAAAGUGAAAGUUUUGCUAUAUCCAUAUCUCUAUUAACAAUUUUAGCUGGUUUUCUCUUUAUAGCAAAUGCUCUAAAUGAAGAGUUACUUACCUUUUCAGUCUUAUUUUUGCUAAUUAUUCAUUGUUUAUUUAUACUUUACAUUGCACUCAAAUCUUUAUCACUGAUCCAAGCACUUAGUUCUCUUAUUAUAAUAAUAAAAAGAAGUUUGCGUCUUAAAUCAAAAUAUUCUAUCGAAGAAAAUUCUAAGAAUGAUCAUGAGGAAAUGGUUCGAGAUUAUAAAAUACUGCCUUUACAAGAUGAAAAAUUAUCGACUACAAUUGUCCCUUUUGAUUACAUAAAAACUUUUCAAAAUAUUUCAUCUAUGGAAAACGUAAGUCUUUCGGUUGAAUUAGAUCCUUUUACUUCAGAAAAAAGCUUACCAGCUGAUAAUUAA